CUGCGAUCAGUCGUUGCUUUCCGGCGAAACAAGUGGACCGAACACAACAUGAGCUCUUUGAGGAAUAAGACUUGAGGCUAAAUUUAUCCCGCUGCUUCCUAAAUAUCUGAAACUGUUUCUUUUCAGAGUUGUCGAGCUGUUUUCCCGUGACUGUUUGGUUCUUUUAGCUGGGAUACACUUGACCAGAUAGCUGUUAAAUGUUUUCUAAAUAAUUAGGCAAAUUGGCAAACCACAUUUAUCACAUCAUAAGCGGGGACAUCUCAAUGUGGACACAACGUUGAAUCUGCCAUAUUGUCCACCUCGUUAAACGUUGUUCCUCUGGGAUUAAGAGACAGCACGCUGAGACACAGCUGAUCCCUAGAGGUCAGACACUCUCUGACCCAGAAUCCCCCCGCAGGAGGACAUGGAAGUCCUGCGCCGGUCCUCUGUGUUUGCUGCAGAAGUCCUGGAUGUGUUUGACCGAUCGUUGUCUGACAAGGAGCUGGUGUCCCAGUCCAAAGCCUUGUGCAGAGACUACAUAGUGUCCAGACUCAACCAGAACGGACUGGGAUGGUCCAAAACUGAACUCAACCUCUCUCCCUCAAACGCAACGCUUGCUGAGGUUUCUUUGGUGCUUCUCUGCCUCGGCGACGAGCUGGAGUGUAUACAGCCCAGUUUGUACAGGAACGUGGCGCGGCAGCUCAACAUCUCUGUUGCCAUGGAGAACAUGGUUUCAGAUGCCUUCAUCGGAGUGGCGACAGAGAUCUUCUCAACAGGUAUAACAUGGGGUAAGGUGGUGGCCAUGUUUGCAGUAGCCGGAGCCCUGGCAGUGGAUUGUGUCCGAAACGGUUACCCCACCACCGUGCACAUCAUAGUGGACAGUCUGGGACAGUUCGUCCGCAAGUUCCUGGCUCCCUGGCUGAAGAGACGGGGAGGAUGGGCGGAGAUGACGAAAUGUGUGGUGAAGAAGGAUCUCACCCCUGAGCACCACUGGCUGUCGUCUGCCAUCGAGUCCCUGAAGUAUUUCCUCACUACAAUGUACGUGUACAUCAUGAAGGAACCAUGAAUCAGCACAGGAGUCAUCAUCAUUGUUUUAAAUGACAUUGGGUGGGUCGGAGAUGGUUCGUGCCUGUGUGCAGAUGUCAGUCUGCUGAAUGACCAUCGACAAAUGUUUCAUCAGCAUCGUGUUUGUGUCAUCUCAGUUUCCGAUAAGUGAUUUCUCUUCAUCCAAAGAGUUGUCACUCAAGAGCAUAAAUGGCAUUGAAUUAAGUUUGUGUCACUCCACCUCUUCUGCAUACUUUCACACUGCUUACACUGGUGCGGUAGACACCUCCAGUGUUGUAACUGUAAAGUGUGAUGGUGUUCAGGUUGAAUGUGAGGUCUUUUGCACUCCUGAGAUAAAACGUUCAAUGCUUUGAUUUGGUGUUUGUCUCAGAGAAUUAACCUGAAUGAAUAUUUUGAGGUGAAAGCCUCAUUUGAAACGAAAAUCUGUGCUCAGCUGGCUGGGUCUCGUGAGUUUUCCUAGUGUGAAAAGGCCUGCUAUCACAUGAUGAAGCUAAGGUGUUUCAACAGCAAUCAAUUCUUUGAUUUACACUAUUGUACUUCACCAAAGCACAAGCAGUGUCUCUUCCCAAAUACUACAAAACCUGCUGCUGCAAUUCCACACAUCGUUGACCAAGAAAUGUUGGGUCUCAUUUUUGGCCAAAGAACUUAAGGACACAGGAAUGGUAUGAACUGUAUGCAUGUAUUUUGGUGAACUUGAUUCCUUUUUUGAAUCUGUAUAAAGUUGUAUCUAUGAUUUGUAUUUUCUAUAUUGAAUAUGACUUGAAGCCACUGCAGUAUAAAGACCACGGCUCUCCAGGAUGAUUGUGUGGUAUGCUUGAUGGUUGUAACUUUCAGUGUUAAUUUAUAAAUGUGUCUGAAUGUUUUUUCUAAAAAGCUAUAAUAAACUUAACAAAUCUAAACA